AUUUCACUGUCUAGCCAAUGACCCUGAUGAAGGCACAGUAAGUGUACACAUGUAUAUCCAAAAAUAAUUCCCAUUAAGGUUGUUCUAAGUGUCACCCUUAGUGCCCUUCACAUAGUCACCAUAGCAGCAAAGGAUCCUGCUAACAUCUAAAUCAGAUGGUGUCAGUGCUCUGCGCCAAAUCCUCUGGUGCUUUCUGACCUUACCCACGAUCCUCGCGUUGGCCUAUGAGGCCUACCAUGAGCUGCUCACCUUCCCCCACCCCAUCUCAUCUACUUUUCCUUACUCCUUCCGUGGCAGCCACACUUUUCUUCCUGCUCCUCCUCUAACUCGAGAGGUCGGCAAACUUUUUAAGGGCCAGUCAAUACUUACUUUCUUUCAGCUUUUUGGGCAAUACAGUCUUCAAUGCCAUGACUCAGCUCUACUGUCGUACUGCAAAGGCAGUCACGGACAACACGUACAUGAAUGAGCACGGCUGUAUUCCUAUCCAACAAGCCGGGGACUGGAUUGGACUGCAGCCUGCUGAUCCCUGAUCUAACUCUUCAGUCACACAUCUGCCUCCAGUCCUCUGCACCUGCUGCUCCCCUGACAUACAUGUGGCUCUCUCCCUCACCUCCUGCAGGUUUUCAUUCAAAUGUCACCCUCUCAGGAAGCCCUGCUCAGGCCACACUAGCACUGCCACCCUGCUUUUGCUCUUAACGCUCAUUUUGGUUAUUGUCUGUCACCCCCACCCCCCACCAACUAGAAUAAGGGAUUUUGUCUGUUUUUUUCACUGACGAAUUCCCAGCUGCCUUGUUUAUAGCAGACAUUCAAGAAAUAUUAAUUAAUUGAAUAAAUCAGUCUUGUUAACAAAAUUUAGGAAAAAGGGAGCCACUUCAAAAACAAUAUCCCAAAUGUACCCUAACACAGGAUAAGGGUUUGCAAUAUCUAGAAAGCCCAGGUCACCAGAUUACAUCAUAAUUAGUGAUGUCAUUGUUGGGAAAAUUCUCAGGGUAUCCUCUGAUGUAGGCCUUUCAGGCCUUGAAUCCAGUGGGAUUGAGAACUUUCUAAGAGUGGUGCGGCUCUUGACAACAUGUGGGCUCCACCGGCAGCAAUCAUGGGGGAUGGGCCAGCCAAGAAGGUGGGUAACCAGGCCCCCCUGCAGACACAGGCCCUCCAGACUGCCUCUUUAAGGGAUGGCCCAGCGAAGCGGGCCGUGUGGGUUCGCCAUAUGAGUUCAGAGCCACAAGAACCUACUGAAUCAAAGGCAGCCAAGGAGAGGCCCAAGCAGGAGGUGACCAAAGCAGUGGUUGUGGACCUGGGCACUGGCUACUGUAAAUGUGGCUUUGCCGGCCUGCCAAGACCCACCCACAAGAUCUCAACAACGGUGGGCAAGCCCUACAUGGAGACCGCCAAGACUGGGGAUAAUCGCAAGGAGACAUUCGUGGGGCAGGAACUCAACAACACAAACGUUCAUCUCAAGCUGGUUAACCCUCUGCGACAUGGCAUCAUCGUGGACUGGGAUACAGUGCAGGAUAUCUGGGAAUAUCUCUUCCGACAGGAGAUGAAGAUCGCCCCAGAGGAGCAUGCAGUCUUGGUUUCAGACCCACCGCUGAGCCCACACACCAACAGAGAGAAAUAUGCUGAAAUGCUGUUUGAAGCCUUCAACACCCCUGCGAUGCACAUCGCCUACCAGUCGCGCCUGUCCAUGUACUCCUAUGGAAGGACCUCCGGCCUGGUGGUGGAGGUGGGCCAUGGCGUGUCCUACGUGGUCCCCAUCUACGAGGGUUAUCCUUUGCCCAGCAUCACCGGAAGGCUGGACUACGCGGGCUCUGACCUGACAGCCUACCUGCUGGGCCUGCUGAACAGUGCGGGGAAAGAAUUCACCCAGGACCAGAUGGGCAUUGUGGAGGACAUCAAGAAGAAAUGCUGCUUUGUGGCCCUGGAUCCCACUGAGGAGAAGAAAGUCCCUCUCAGUGAGCAUACGAUCCGCUACGUGCUGCCGGAUGGGAAGGAGAUUCAGCUGUGCCAGGAACGGUUCCUCUGCUCGGAGAUGUUCUUCAAGCCAUCUCUCAUCAAGUCCAUGCAGCUGGGCCUCCACACCCAAACCGUGUCCUGCCUUAACAAGUGUGACAUCGCCCUCAAACGGGACCUCAUGGGGAACAUCCUGCUCUGCGGGGGCAGCACGAUGCUCAGUGGCUUCCCUAACCGUCUGCAGAAGGAGCUAAGUAGCCUGUGUCCCAAUGACACCCCGCAGGUAAACGUGCUGCCUGAGAGAGACAGUGCCGUGUGGACUGGUGGCUCCAUCCUGGCCUCACUUCAGGGUUUCCAACCACUGUGGGUCCACCGCUUUGAGUACGAGGAACAUGGGCCUUUCUUCCUCUACAGGAGGUGCUUCUGAACGGCGACCAGGAUGGCCACUGCACUGGCAGUGCAUACCCUCGGCGGGGUGAGCGCACUCCUACACUCAGGGGAUGGAGCCGGCGCUUAUUCCUGUAGCAUUAAACACCCCUCAUAUGCCCCUCCA